AUGGAUACCGCUUCUCCGUCGUUAAAGGCAAGAACAAGCUUAGUAAUAGAGUCAGAUGGAGAUGUUCUACCCACCGAGGGUCGGGUUGCACAGCUCUCAUGCACACCGUUGGAGAUUGCGUCGUCUACCUUCGGAACGAUCACAUUCAUCCUCCAACAAGUUUCCCUAAGUAUACGUUACGAGUUCACCGAAUCGCUAAGAGGUUGUCGCAUUAUUCUAAUCGAGGGCUACCGUUUCGCCAUCAAGAACAUGAGCAAAGUAAACGCGCCUAUCAAGAAGAUCCAAUGGACCUGCUCCACUCAUGGCAAGCACGGCUGUAAAGCAGUCGUCUUCACAUCCAGGGAUGAAAUCAUCUACCUUGACAACAAGCACACUCACCCACCGCAGACGGAUAAGAAAUCCCAGAACAAAUACUUCUUGCCGAUCUCAAAGGUUAAGAUGUUCUAUCGUCAACCAGAUUAUAAUUAGACAAAAUCAUAUUUUUAGGUAUACUUUAAGUGAGAGGAAUUCGGUAGCCUUCUAACUUUUUGUUGAUUUCUAUACAUUCUUUAUUUCCUGACAUUUUAAUUAGCGACCUGUCGAUUAUUGUCCAUUGACCAUACGAUAUAUUUAUACGCUUAUAAAUUUUAACUAUGUACUCGACGAACAUUACUGUUAAUAACUGUUUCAGUCUAUAUUGGCUGAAGUGAUUCAACGCGGUGGUUUCCAGUCGUGACCACUGGAUUCACACGAGAAAUAAGAGCUGAAAAAAGUUCAUUUAUCUCGUUUGUUCCCAGUGAGAACGAAUCCAGUGGUGUCGACUGGGAACAACCGAUUAAACAAUAUAAAUUUGUAGCAAUGAUAUAUCGGUAUACGGUGUCGCUCUUUGGUGUCAGCUUAUUUAUCGACGUAGUAUCAGUGUGUUCAUCGACGUAGAAAUAAACGUCUAUUAAAUAUUAACAUUAGAAUUAAUCAAUAGCUAUAUGAGCUUCUGUAAUCUUGUUCAAAAUUUCUAAAUUUACGUGGAACUCUCGAAAUGCUUAAUAUGAAUUAGGAACACAUACUUGGCCAAGUAUUUUUGUAACAUUUGUAAUUACUGCACCCUGAUGUUGAUAAAUGAAUAGAGUUCAGACGCGAAGAUAUUUUUAGUGAGAGGGGUUAUGGCAAUUGAUAUUUAUUUAAUUUGUAGUAAUCUGUAAAGCCUUUAGUUCUAGUCAAUUGCUAUUAAAUAUUAUCAAAAAAAAGUACGCAAGCACUUUUUAAAAAACAAAAUUGAUUUCGAGCAGAAAAAAAAUUGUAUGUUAAAAACAAGAUUUAAUUAAAACGUGAUUUUUAAACUAAUCGUAUUAUGUGGUAUAAUAUACACUAAAGGCAGAUAAAUUCAGGAAUGAAUUAAAAAAAAAUAAGAGAAAUACGUGGUGCUAUUGAGGUCAACUAAAUGGAAGUUUUUGGUAAGAGGAAAGUAAUCUAGUCAAAAUUAAUGAUUCGUAAGUAUAUCUUACAAGCGGACAUAUAGUGUGUCUUAAAUCAUACUUAGUUAAUUUGAAUUGCUUAUUAUUGGGUAUUAUUUUUUUAAAUGAGGGAUAACUAGAAAAAAAACACUCGUUAUUUAUUCUGGCUAUACCAUACUUUUUAUGUUUUAUUUACUUAAUUAAACACAUGAGUUAGUUGAACUCUCAAUAAUUUUAAAGUCUUUGGUAACCCAAGAAUAGCUAUAGUUUAUUAUGUAUGUAAUAGCAAGUAGCCAACAUAAUUCAAAAUAAUAAUAUUUCUGAUGUUCUCAGUGUUGUCUCAGUAGUGCCUGGUAGUAUUACAUUUUAGGUAAUUAUUACAUGGAUAUUUUUUAAUAUUAUGAUAAUAUAUGUUAAUGCCAUUUCGAUAAGGUCGUAGAAUAAGUCUUGAAUACAGUUAAUUAUGUAAAUUUGUCUGUCAGCUCAAAAGAUAAUAAACAUUUUAGAUGUGUUUACGUAAUCCCUAUGCCUCGAAUAUAUUAGGGGACAAAAUGUCCCUCAACAUGACGUGCAACGCUCAAUCUACGUGACGCUGCAACAUCCCGCAACUUGCCCGCAAACAAUUUGCUACGCGUUCAUGUGAUGCCAGAACUUCACUCGGCUAUUCGUAUUUGCUAUUUGUAAACUUGACAUCGGCGACAACUCGACGUUAUCACUCCUUAUAAAGUCUGUUAAAGACAGACUGUUGUCGACUUUACAAAUAGCUGUCAUCAUGUGGAACAUGUUGCUUACUCCCGCUCCGAAAGCGAGCACAUGUGUUCCGCGUCAGUGUCAGUGUAUAUGCUCCAGAGUGUAGUUGUGUGCGCAACGUUCCUUUCAACAUGUAUCCUGAAAUUUGUAUGUAUGCAGCACUUAUAGCCACAACCUGCCUCCUCGUGCGAUAUUUCUAUAAACACUGACUAGUGUGGCCUGCAAAAUGUUUCGCGACAUUUUUCCCGUGAGUUGUACGUAGUUGUUGCGCGUCUUGAUCCACAUCAUAUUGCAGUAUUUAAUCCGUUAUGUAUUCGAGGCUUGAUGUUAGAUAUAGUAGUUUUUUUUUUCUUUGAGGUUACUGAUUUUUUCCUCCCAAUUUUGCUGCUAAAGAAAGCUUGUUAUUACCCGACUGUGCAAUGCAAGAGAGCGAAGUGCGACGCACAAACAGGGUAUAGUGUUUAAUAGUCUAUAUA